UGGUUUUGAUUGAGUUCAGUUUUUUGUUUAUUCGAUAUAUGUAUACAGCAUGGUCUGCGCUCGGUCCUUAAAUAAAAACUAAAUAAUGUAAUGUUAUCAUAGACAUUCGCUACCCCCUCCACAUGUGUAAAGUUCCCGCAGAAAAAAAACACAGCUUAAAAGAAGUUAGCGACUUUUGAGCAGCGAAUCUCUACCAUAUCACGGAUUUGAUUUAUACAAAAAACCCACUCUUACAUACGAAAGUAUAUGUUUAUGUAUGUACGUACUACUUGGCUUACACAAAUGCGUUAUUUGCACAAAACCUUGUGAUAUUAAGGUCAAGAUCUGAGGAGAAAAGUGUACGAUUUUCAGAUGGCUUCCAACUCAACAAAGAAAAGCAAAUCCUCUGGUAUGCGCAUAUUGUGGAUACCAGGCCGAAAGUCCCAUUCCAAGGGCCGAUUUAGUACUACCAACAAACACAUAUCGUACUCGAGUCCUCAAAAAAAAAGCGAAGUAUGGUCUUUGGGAGGCAGCAAGGCACAGACCGAACUGAUUGACUUCCCUUCUCCCGAGUUGUCAGGCAAUACUCCCUCAUCGUCACUGAGCAUUGUGGCCACCUGCUCGAUGGUUCAAGGCGCAAACAGCGAAGUAGCGUCCUCUGAUGACUUGGCUAUCGCUUCGGAGUCUGCCACUUUGCCAGCCACACCUGUGAGCAUGAACUCACCGAUUUUGAAUAGCCCCACUUCCGAAACUGGAUCUGCAUCUACGCGAGCCAUGACUUCUCCUAACGUCAUUACCACCGUUGUAAUACAGGACUUGCACAACUUUAUGAGCCCUGAUGACUUGCCCAAAGUGCCCGCUUUGACAGUAGGCGAUAGCGAGGUGGUGCUAAACAGCUCAUCGGGAACCACAGCCUCAGUAGCAACUACUUCUUCGCCAAUGGCCAACCACAAGCCGGGAUCCCAGCCAGCCUCCCUUUCCCAGCAAACCACGCCACAGAAGAGUAGAUAUAAGAAUCACAACAACAACCAGGAGGAUAUAAAUUCUAUCGAAAGCAUUUCCAGUUUCCCACGGUUCCAGGGCAACGCCACUGACUUCGAAUGGAUCGACGAAAUGGUGCAACAGCGGAACUGCAAUGAACUGAUGCAUAAAAAUAAGCGGAAAAAGUCAAAGAAAGUCGAGGGCAUGGAAGCCGAUCAACUAGACGGCAAACUCUUUGCCUACAGUAAUGACAAGGCUAAAUUGAAUGGCAAGGGUGAUGAAGACGACGAAAAAGUUGUGAAAUGCUUGUACUACUCACUUAUGUGCUGCGACUGUACUAUAUCGUAAAGGGUCGUACGAACGAAUCCGCGUCCAUGUAAAAUACCUCUCAACCACCUAUGUAAAAAUAUAUUUGAUUUUUAUUUUAUAACUUAGAAUAGUCAUUGUAUCCCGACAUAAGACAGAAGAAAAACAGAAGUAUUACCCGAAUUUAUAAUGACUUACACGGAACUAACAUUAUGAACAUUCGAAUAAACGUCGAAAUCUAAAUCCAACUACAGCCUUAUGUAGUUGAUUCUUAGUUUGAAUUUGAAUAAGUGAUCAACACAUAUGUAUAUUGAAUAUGUAGAUAUUUUCUAUUUUUGUAAAUAAAACAUUUUCUACAAACUUGUA